AUGUGUGUGCGUACCAAAACCACGUACGGCUGCGGUUGUGAGUUCAAAACCACCAAUGAAUGCAACGACCCGCACUGUUCACACCUGGAGAGAUGGAAGUUUCCCCGGGAAGGCGAUUGCAAGAUUUGUAAGGAAGGAGGCCAAGCCGUCACUCGGGGGCGAGAAGGUAAAGGCCGGUAUGCCCAGCAGUUGAAUCGAAGGCAUCAUCAAGAAGGGCGAGAACCAUCAUGUGACCCGGUACCAGAAGACAUCGGUGGUGGUGUCAGUCCAUGGGCGGCACCGUUAAAACGAGAAAAGGAAUGGCACAGUCCUUCCAGAAAGAUGGCCGACGACGCAUGGUUGCAAGAGCAUGCCGAGAGGAACAGCGACCUACAGACUCUCCGGGAGUCCAUGUCGGCGCAUUCUGAUUCCGACCGGGCGUCCACCGCCAUCUUGUCACCGCCGAGUCGCGGUCGGCGGGUGUACGAGGUCGAGGAGGAAGACGACUACUGUACCGUCGACCGUGACGCAGACUACAACCACCGCCACCGUCGGCAACCAGCCCCAAGAUCCUUGCAGAUAGAGAUCAGAAGCGUACACAACGAUCAACCCCGACGAACAAGUAGUCGUCACGCCUCGCGCCAUCGACGCAGGCACGAUAGUCAGGAGAGCUUCCAAAGCGUCCACAGCGGACAGUCUUCGAGUCGCAGAUACAAGCCGGCGCCGACGUCGUACACGACGCACGACAUUUACGAGACUCAUGACUCCGGUUAUGGUUCUUAUGGGUCGAGAACUUCACACCAUGGCUACGAGAUCGCAAAGACCGAACCAUACACCUACUCUCCUGCACCUCGCGUCGUGACCAUCAAGGCACCUUCAUCGUCGUAUCAGACCGGCUAUGGCAUUCCUCCACAUCAUGGUUCUCAUCCUUCUCACCCUCAAGGAAUCAACGUGGUCACGAGAAGUCCCAUGUACACUUACUCGAGUCAAAGGUACUAG